AUGAUCAUAGGGGACGAGACUCUUAAGAAGAAGUGGAGAGAUUUUGCGGACCUGGCGGGCAUAGGAACAACAGAGGGAGAUCGGCUGAAGUUCUCACAGGCUUGGCUUUCAAGCACCAAACGACGUCUGAACCUCAGGUCUAGACAAUUACAUGGAGAAGCUGGUUCAAAUGAUGCUGUCCACGUUGAGGCAGAAAGAGCCAGGGUCCAAGAGUUGUUAAGAGGUUAUGAUCUCAAUGACAUCUAUAAUGAGGAUGAGACAGGGCUCUGUCAUGCUAUGACACCAGAUCGUGGUUUAUCCUCAACUACACGAUCUGGUAAGAAAAAGAAGAAAACCCGUAUCAGAUACAUGUUUGCCACAAACGCAACCGGUACCGAUAAACGUGAACCUCUGAUCAUUGGGAAGUAUCAACAACCACGAGGAUUUGGGAAACGAACUGCAGCCGAGCUUGGUUUCCAUUAUAGGAACAAUGGGAGUGCAUGGAUGACGGCGGUGCUCUAUGAGGAAUGGAUAAGACGGUGGGAUCAGGAACUUUGCCAAAUAAACCGACACAUCAUUCUCAUCCAUGAUAACUUCAAAGGUCUCGAUGUCCCGGAAGAUCUACACUGCAUCACAGUCAUCAGACUCUCCCCCAAUCUUACCUCGGCAGUGCGGGCUCUUGAUCAGGGAAUAAUUCAGCCUCUUGAUCAGGGAAUAACUCGCGCCUUCAAAGCCCAUCAUCGAGCAGCAUUCAAUGCUCGAGCAAUUGAUCGGUACGACCAAGGAGUUACUCCAAGCGAGGUGUAUGAUCUAAAUCAGCUUCAAGCAAUGAUUAGCGGAACAAGCAUGGGACGAGUUAUCACCCACGACUAUCUUCAACUGUUGGGGUAA